UCUCACCCUAACCAAGGCUUCCUGAUGGUCCCAGCUCAGCUGCUGGGUGGCUCACAGAGUCUCGGUUUGCUGUGGACUGGGACCCUUGUAUUUGUCAACUGUGCUGAUUUGCAUGUUCAGCAUCCUCAGCUCCUCCCUUUCUUGCCUCCCUGCACCCUCAGUAAGUCUAUAAAUACCCCGGAGAUCCAGCGCCCUGCACAGGCUGAGCUCCGAUCCUCAUCGCUCCAGACCAGCCGCCCAGACAGACCGGGGAAGUGAGAAGAUGGGGCCAGUCGCCUACUUCAGCCUCUGCCUCCUCGGCUGCCUGAUCUUUAACCCCUCGCUGGAAGGGGCACAGGCUGGGCCCUGUCCCAGGGGCUGGCUACUCUUCCACGGCUACUGCUAUGGAUACUUCACCCAAGGGAAAACCUGGAUAGAGGCUGAGGCUCACUGCCAGCACCAGAGGCCCGGGGCCCAUCUCGUCUCCAUUCACAGUGCUGGAGAAAAUAACAUGCUGGCCCAUUACAUCAAGCGGUACCACAAAAUUUACAGUUUUUUCUGGAUUGGACUGUGGGAUCUUGAGGCGAAUCAAUGCUGGAGAUGGUCAGAUAAUUCCCCGUUCACUUUCAGAGCUUGGGAUAAGGGGCAACCCAAUAAUCUGGUGGGAAACGAGCACUGUGCGGUGUUAUUUUACCAUAAAGGUUUUCCGAAAUGGCACGAUUAUCCCUGUGACUCCAAAUUCGCUUUCAUGUGUAAGCGCAAAGCCUAGGGGAGGCAGGUCGCCUGCACCUGAGGGCUCCCAACACCUGGGCUGUGAGUGAAUCGGGUCCCUCCCGCUCCCCAGGGAGACCAGGUCCUGUGUCCCCGGCUGCAAAGUCCCUUCUGCAAAGCAUCGCUGAGUUACGCUGUGUCACUCCCGCUCUGCUCUGCCCCCUUCUCUCCCUGUCGCACCCGCGCUCUGCUCUUCUCAGCCAUCUCAGCACAGUGCAGUGAUAAUAAACUUUCCCGCCAGCAUUCAGCUCAGUGUGU